AUGGCCGAGCUCAAGUCCCUGGGCAGCGACUCUUACUUGGCUUUGGCGCAGAGCUACAACCAGACGGCUUUCACCUACAGCGCCAUGCGGAGCGGCGACGCUGCUGCCCGCGUUUGCCCCGGCGGCGCAGGCGGGAUGGAUUUCAACGCCAGGCCGCUGGGGAAGUCGGCGGAGAGCAGCGGCGAGCAGAGCGGCGACGAGGAAGACGCCUUCGAAGGCGCCAAGGCGGGCAGCCCGCCCUUGGAGCGCGACGCCAAGCUUAAGGCCGGCGGCGCCCUCGGGGCCAAGAAGCCGAAGGAGCAGCGGUCGCUGCGCCUCAGCAUCAACGCCCGCGAGCGGAGGCGGAUGCACGACCUGAACGACGCCCUGGACGGCCUCCGCUCCGUCAUCCCUUAUGCGCACAGCCCGUCGGUGCGCAAGCUCUCCAAGAUCGCCACGCUCCUCUUGGCCAAGAACUACAUCCUCAUGCAGGCGCAGGCCCUGGAGGAGAUGCGGCGCCUGGUGGCCUGCCUCAACCAAGGGCAGACGCUCAGCGCUCCUAUCCCGGCCACCCUAGCCCCCUUCGGACAAUCCGCGGCCGUCUAUCCCUUCACGGGCGCCGCUUUACCCAGCUGCCCUGAGAAAUGUACUGCUUUCCCCGGGGCCACCACCGGCCUUUGCAAACACUGCAACGAAAAACCUUGA